AUGACAUCGCCCGGCUCCAAGAGACCGCUCUCCAGCACCGAGCGCGCCAUUUCACCUCCAACGAAGAAGAAGGUGAAAGCAGAGGCCUCCGUCACUAUGGCUAAUUUCUUUAAACCUGCUUCUCAGAAGCCUAAAUCCAGCCAGCCGAAGAAGGUGUCAUGGCACAUAGUGAACAACAGUUGCAUUGUGGGCCGCUAUCUCGUUGGCCAAAAGGGUGAGACGCAAAAUGAAGAGCAGAAGAAUGAGAUAAAGAUUGCUGCCUUUGACUUUGACCACACCCUAAUAAUGCCCAAAUCCAAUGGCAGAUUCUCCCGUUCUGCCUCUGACUGGAAGUGGUGGGAUUCCAGCGUCCCGUCUAAACUGAAACAGCUUGCGGCGGACGGUUACACGCUUGUCAUCGUCUCAAACCAAAAGGCAGUCAGUUUGAAGCCCGAUGGCAAGGCGAAAACAGGCAACUCUGACUCAAAGAGCUUGUCCAUACUGAAGGAGAAGAUCACGACAGUGCUGGAUACACUGGACUUGGAUGUCUCAAUUAGCAUAUAUGCUGCCACGCAGUAUGACGAAUAUAGGAAGCCUAGGAUGGGGAUGUGGAGGGAGAUGGUAAAGGAUUUGGGACUGGAUAUGACUGAUGACGUGGAUGAGAAAGAAGCAUCGAGACCAGUAAAGACAUUGGAUCUGGAAAGCUCCAUCUUUGUUGGCGAUGCUGCGGGUCGAAAGGGUGACCAUUCUUGCUGUGAUAGAAACUUCGCUGCAAACGUUGGUAUACAGUUCAAGACCCCGGAGGAGUUCUUUCGGGAUGAACCGCCCGCCCCCGUGGAAGUCGACGUGUUCGACCCCAAGAACUAUAUGGGUAUGGAUACACCAUCGACAGACGGGGUGGACAAGAUCUCUCCUCCCUUUACAAAGCAGAGUGAUACAGAACUGGUGCUCUUAUGUGGCAGUCCGGGAUCAGGGAAAUCGACGUUUUACUGGAAGCACCUGCAGCCUCUCGGGUAUGAGAGAGUGAAUCAAGACAUCCUCAAGACGGUACGUUGCCUGUCUCCUCUUCUUGGCCUGUCAAAUAUUUCUUGUCCGUGUAUACAUGCCUACACCGACUAA